UUUCUGCUUAGCAGAGCAUGAGAGAAUGAGUGUGCGAGUGUGUGAGUGUGUGAGUGUUUGUGAGUGUCACAGAGGACUUGCACGUGAAUAUAUGUUCAAGUGUGUUCAACUACCAACUAAAACUAAAAAAAUUAGCGGAAGCUGGACAUCAACUACAUGGCAAACUUUAUAGAGGAUUUACAGUCGCAUGCUGGAUUUAUCCAAUCAUCUUGUUGACGGAAAAAAAAUGAUAAGCCGAAAUACCAAAAAUGUGCUCGUGGUGUCGUUUGGAUUUUUGUUCUUGUUUACAGCGUAUGGAGGACUGCAGAGUCUGCAGAGCAGUCUAAAUGCAGAGGAAGGAAUGGGUGUUAUCUCUCUGAGCGUCAUCUACGGAACCAUCAUUCUGUCCUCCAUGUUUCUGCCCCCCAUCAUGAUAAAGAACCUGGGCUGUAAAUGGACCAUCUUCAUCUGCAUGGCCUGCUACAUCAGCUAUUCCUUUGGAAAUCUCUUCCCUGGAUGGCCGAGUCUGAUUGCCACAUCUACUAUUCUGGGUUUGGGAGGCUCUCCGCUUUGGUCUGCUAAAUGCACGUACCUCACCAUCACUGGAAACAGACAGGCAGACAAAGAAAACAAGAAAGGUCAGGAUGUCAUAAACCAAUACUUUGGGAUGUUCUUCCUUAUCUUCCAGUCGUCUGCCGUGUGGGGAAACCUCAUGUCAUCACUUAUAUUCCAACAGGAUGUUAGCGUAGCUGAAAUUCCCGAGGACAGGCUGAAGUUCUGUGGUGCUGCUCUGUGCAAUGAGAACUUCACUACCACGGGGAACUUCACACGGCCAGAGCAGAACCUCGUCAACAUACUGAUGGGCUGCUAUAUCGGUGUCGGGGUUCUAGCGAUGUUCCUUGUGGCAGUUUUCCUGGACAACAUUGACGGAGAAGAAGCAAAGAAUUUUCGAAAAAACAUAGGCAGCCAAAAUUUCUGCAGUACCUUCCUGGCGACGUUCAGGCUUCUAAGAGAUAAGAGGCUGUUGAUGCUCAUUCCUUUGACUAUGUACAGUGGAUUCGAGCAAAGCUUCCUCGCCGGCGAAUACACCAAGAAUUACGUAACCUGCGCAUUGGGAAUCCAUUACGUUGGAUUUGUGAUGAUCUGCUUCGGGGCUGUGAAUUCGCUGAGCUCCUACUUGUUCGGGAAGCUUGCACAGUACACCGGGAGAAUCACUCUCUUUUGCCUAGCCGCUGUGAUAAACCUAAGUUGUGUGAUAGCGCUGCUGUUCUGGAGGCCUCACCCGGACCAGCUGCCCGUCUUCUUCGUGUUUCCUGCCCUCUGGGGCAUGGCAGAUGCUGUGUGGCAAACACAAACCAACGCGCUGUACGGCACUCUGUUCCCUGACCACAAGGAAGCAGCGUUUGCUAAUUAUCGCAUGUGGGAAUCUCUGGGCUUCGUGAUCGCCUUCGCAUACAGCACAUACAUCUGUCUGUCCACCAAACUCUACAUCCUCAUCGCAGUCCUUGUGCUGAACAUGCUGACGUACUUCUGGGUGGAGUAUAACGAGUACCGUCAUCCAACCGCAGCAGCGCUGAAACACGGCACGGACAAGCUGGACGAGAUGAACCUGAAAGACACAGACACAGAGAAAUACCAUAAGAUUAUUUGUCAGACAAGAAUAUAGUGAAAGAUAUUUAUUUUAUUGUAUUUUUUUUUAAGGUGGUGGAUGGCAGAGAUGGGGGACUCGAGUCAUAUGACUUGACUCGAGUCGGACCUAAGUCACAGAUUUGAGACUUGAGACUUGCUUGACAAAU